AGCCUGCUCGUCGGAUAGUCGCAGACGAAUCGCGCAACCGAUCGGAUCGUUUUCGUAUACUCUUCCGCCGCGCGUUCGGGUCAUCAAGUCGCUUCAUUACCAUAGGACUCGUUCAGCGGGACACACAAAGGAAACGGCUAAUUGUGCGCUUAUCCAGUUUGAAGCAGUUCAAUCAGUUGACAGAGCCGGGCGUUAUCGAGUGUGUAGCACAGCUUAACUUGGCGAGCUCCAAAUGGCACCCAACGCCAUGUGAGAACGAGGAUGCCAGAAUUGCGAUGGCCAAAGCGAAAAGUCAACUCAUAGCCAAUCCCUCCCCUCCUUUGACGCCCAACGGCACUGCAACGGGUGCUGAAUCCGGCCCGUCCACGUCCACCGGAGGUCCGCACUCCACUACCGGGAUCCGUCCGGACCUGGACAAGGCCGACAACACCAGCAGCCACAACAUUUCGAUCUCCUCAAUCACCGAAGACGAAGAUGGCAACCCGGUCAGUGGCCACGGCGACGAUGGCGACGGUUCGAGUGCCUUCGAUUCGAGCAGUGACAGCGACAGCGACCUGUGCGACAACGAGCAGAUUAAGAAGGCCAUCGAACGCAUUCCGAACUCGCUGCAGCCCGGCAGUCAGAUGGUGCGGCUUCCGGCGGCCGGACCGGAAACGUCAGUGGUGACGGCAACGGCCCUCCCGGAGCGGCCCAACAUCGGCAGCAUCGCGGUACAAAACUCGUCCGACAUCACGUUCGGCAACAAGACCUACAUCAAGGGCCAGGUCGUGAUCAAGAACAUCUACCACGACCGGAAGGCCACCAACGGGGUUGGCGGUGGAGUGGUCAACGAAGGGUACCGGGAAACGGACGGAGAGGCGGGACUUCCGAGCCAGAAGAAGAAAGAUCUAUCAUCACAGCCCGCCCAACUGCCGCUCUCGUGGCGAUCUAGUCUCAAGUCGAUCAUCCGGGAUAAGCCACUGCUGAGCGCGAUAGUGCUGGUGGCUCUUAUGUUUAUCGUUGUUACCAUCGCCACCGUGGUGUACGUGACAACGUCCGCAGGUAAACCUAGAUUAAGGCCCCACUACGGCGACGGCGACGACGACCGGGCGUACGUGCCUCCGGAUACGGGCAUAGAGGAUGACUUCCUGCCGGAUGCUAAGCCGCUGCGGAUCGUAACCCGAAACGAGUGGCUUGCGCAGCCUCCCCGGGAAAAGCUUGACGAUCUGGUGCUUCCGGUGCACAAGGUUAUCAUCGCCCACACGGCUACCGAGGAAUGCAGCACUCAGUCACAGUGCGUUGCCAUGACGAGUCGCAUCCAGGGAUUCCACAUGGCUCCUGAUUCGAAGAACUUCUCCGACAUUGGGUACAACUUCCUGGUCGGUGCCGACGGGAACGCCUACGAGGGUCGCGGCUGGGACAAACAGGGUGCCCACACGAAGGGGUUCAACAAGGGCAGCAUCUGCAUCGCGUUUAUCGGGACGUUCACCGACGUGGAAGCGCCGCUGACCCAACUCAGUGCCGCGCGCCAGCUGAUGGCGCUGGGCGUCGAGCUGGGAAAGCUUCACGAGCAUUACCGGCUGUACGGGCACCGGCAGCUGGCACCGUUCGAGAGCCCCGGCCGCAAGCUGUACGAAGUGAUCAAAACGUGGCCGCACUGGUCCAGCGAACUUGGUCCCUCCCACUGGGAAGAUGCGGUCCAAGUGGCCGUGAAUGGUUCGGCGAAUGGGUGAAGACUUCGAAUAGAUAAAUAGCAACAGAGUGUACUCCGGUAAUUGUCGAAUAUGC